UAUUAACGUCUGAAACUUGAUGCCGGUCUGAGCCGGAUCCUGAUGCGGAUCCCCAGGCUUGCAGAAGUUAAGACACGUCUGAGGUAUCAUAGCUGCAGAGUUAAACAGACAAAGGUCGGAUAAAUGUUCACCGUGUCUCCUCCUUCACUCUGCAGGAGGAUUCAUGUCGCUGUGAAGCUAAGAAGCUAAUUAGCUUUAAUUAUAGAUACUGCUGACUGACACACAGCUAGUUAGCUUAGCCUGUGGAGCUGAUUUUAACCUUUCUGCUGCUUCAAGAAGAAAAGGACUUCAGUCUGAGAACACUUUGACUUUAGGUCAUUACUGGGAGGACUGGUGAUGGGACGCAGGGUCGUCCUCGGGGUUCAGCAGCUGCUGCUCCUCGUCGUCCUGCUGGUGGCGGUCUGGGCGGAGAAUCGCGAUUUCUACAAACUCCUGGGAGUCAACAGGGAGGCAACGACGCGGGAGAUCCGACAGGCUUUUAAGAAGCUGGCGCUCACGAUGCACCCCGACAAAAACCCUGGUGACCCCACAGCCCACGAGAAGUUCCUUCAGGUGAACCGAGCCUACGAGGUCCUGAAGGACGAAGACCUGAGGAAGAAGUACGAUAAGUACGGAGAGAAGGGAUUGGACGAGCAGCAGCAGCAGGGCGGGCGCUACGAGAGCUGGAACUUUUACAGAUAUGACUUCGGUAUCUAUGAUGAUGAUUUGGAGAUCAUCACGUUAGACAGCGGAGACUUUGAGUCAGCAGUGAACUCUGGAGAAAUCUGGUUCAUCAACUUCUACUUCCCACGAUGUUCACACUGUCACACUCUGGCCCCGACGUGGAGGGAGUUUGCCAAAGAGAUGGACGGAGUGAUCCGGAUCGGAGCGGUGAACUGUGGAGACAACAACCAUCUCUGCAGGAGGAAAGGCAUCACCAGCUACCCGAGCCUGUUCGUAUUCAGAGCGGGACAGAGACCGGAGAAGUUUAACGGGGAGCGCAACAAAAACAACCUGAUCAGUUUCGCCAUGCAGUUCAUCACCACCUCCGUCACCGAGCUCUGGCAGGGUAACGUGUUCACUGAGAUCGAGAACGCAUUCUCGUCGGGCCUCGGCUGGCUGAUCACCUUCUGCGCUGACUCUGGAGAUUGCCUGGAGUCAGGGACACGACAGAAACUGGCCGGCAUGUUGGAUGGGUUAGUGAAGGUGGGAUGGAUGGACUGCACCUCACAGGAGCAGCUCUGUGACAGCUUCCAGGUGACCACCGGAUCCACCGCUUUGUUCCCACCCGGAAGUUCUCUUGAUCAACCUGACAGUGUUCUGUGGCUGAACAGUCUGGACAGCAGAGAGAUUUACAACCUGGUCAUCGAUCACCUUCCUGAUCUGGAGCUGCUGACCGGGGAAACUUUCAAGAAGAAGCUGGCUCAUCAUCGCUGGUUGGUCAGUUUUACGUUCGGAAGCGGAAGCCCCGCCUCCAACGAGUACAAGAAGCUGAAGGGUUCACUGCGAGACGACCACAUACAGGUGGGCAGAGUGGACUGUAUAUCAGACACACAGUUGUGUGAGUCUCUGUACAUUCAUCAAUCCUGCGUCGCCGUCUUUAAAGGACUGGGAAUCCAGGACUUUGAGAUCCACCACGGUAAAGAUGUUUUGUACAACAUCGUGGGUUUUGCGAGAGACAGCGUCCGCGCUCACGUGACGACUCUGAGACCUGAGAACUUUCCUUCGGACAAAAAGGAGCCCUGGCUGGUCGACUUCUUCGCUCCGUGGUGUCCUCCGUGUCGGGCGUUGCUUCCUGAACUGAGGAAAGCUUCCAUCCAGCUGGCGGGACAGAUGAAGUUCGGCACUCUGGACUGUACCAUCCACCACAACCUCUGCUCCAUGUAUAAUAUUCAGGCGUAUCCCACCACGGUGAUCUUUAACGGCUCCUCUGUUCAUGAGUAUGAAGGACUUCACUCAGCUGACGGCAUCCUGGAGUUCAUACAGGAUCUGGUGAAUCCGUCUGUGGUGAUCCUGGAUCCUUCCAGCUUUGCAGAGAAAGUUUCAGGUCGAUCUGACGGGGAGGUCUGGGCGGUGGAUUUCUAUGCCCCGUGGUGUGGUCCCUGUCAGGCUCUGAAGCCAGAGUGGAGACGUAUGGCCCGGAUGCUGACGGGUCAGAUCCAGGUCGGUUCAGUCGACUGUCAGCAGUUUCAGUCCUUCUGCAGAAGCCAGAACGUGAGGGCGUAUCCUGAAGUCCGCGUCUACCCCGGGAACUCUAGACAGGCAGAUCAUUUCAUGAGUUAUAACGGCUGGAACAGAGACGCUCACUCUCUGAGAUCCUGGGCUCUGAGCGCUUUACCUCGAGUGUCCGUGGACCUGACUCCAGACACCUUCAGGACUCUGGUUCUGUUGGGAAAGGACCACUGGGUUCUGGAUUUCUACGCACCGUGGUGCGGACCCUGUCAACACUUUGCCCCCGAAUUUGAGGCCCUAGCUCGGAUUCUUAAAGGGGAGGUUCGAGCAGGGAAGGUGGACUGUCAGGCGAACUACCAGCUCUGUCAGUCGGCUGGAAUCACCUCCUACCCGACCGUCAGAUUCUCCCCGUACCUGGGAGUGAAGAGGCACGAAACCACAGGAGAUUACAUCAACAGCCGGGAUUCAAACGUGAUCUCCAACACCGUCAGAGAGUGGAUCCAGCAGCUGAAACCACGGUUACAAAACAAAGCAAAGGACGAGCUCUGAUGACGCUUUGGGUUAACGCAACGAUCUGAUUGGUCAGAGAGGGACAAACGUGGAUUUGAUUGGUCCACAUGAUGAUCAAUCAGGAAACACUCCUUUUAUUAAACACGCAGCGACGGACUCACACUGACUGUUACUCUGCUGUGAUGAAUGUACGGAAAGCUUUCAGCCUUUAUUUUAUUUGUUUUUUUAUGUUUGUCUCCAUCGUUUGUAUUUACUCUAUGAAGUAAAGCUGUGGGGCGCUGUAUACUGUACGCACACACACUCACACACACACACACACACACACUCACACACAGGGUGCCACAUGUGUUGGACAUGGUGUUGUAUUUUAUUGUGGAUGUUGAAUCUGUCAAACCUUCAAAAUAAAAUGUUUAUUUUAAAAUAA